AUGUCGUCCCUGACCUAUGUCAACGACGAUGGUGCCGGACAGAAGCAUAGCGACCUGUGCCACUACUCACAAGCCGUUCACCUUCCUGGGAACAUCGUAAAAUGUGCUGGACAGGGCGGCUGGACCAGCUCAGGUGAUCUUGACACCGACGAUGCUCGCAGGCAGGUUGAUCUGGCUUUUCAAAAUGUCGACCGGGUUCUUCAGGCAGCUGGACUGAAAGGAUGGGAAGACGUCUACCUUAUUCGUUCGUACCAUGUCGACAUGGAGUCUUCUUACGACUACGUUGUCGAAAAGCUGAAGCAACGUAUCCCUGGACACCGCCCUGUCUGGACUGCUAUCGCUGUUCCUCGCCUGGCUUUCCCUCCUAUGUUGAUCGAGAUCGAGGUAGAGGCGUUCGAUUCUCGAUCUUAG